CACCCUGUAGAACAUUCCGCGAGGCAAUGUACUACGCGCGUACGCACGCGUCUAUCGAAAAAAGUCACGUGGGCUGCUUGUAGUAGCGUGAGUGAUGCACGGUGAAUUCGCGUCAAAAUGCUGAAUGAAUGUCGGUAAAUUGAAUAUUUCCAGAUACUACGAACAUGGCGUGUUAUUUGAGGGUUACGAGUGAAUCGGCGGUCGUGAGACGGGAGGAUGAAUGAAAUCGAGGAGGAUGGAACAAUCGCGGCUUUAUUGUUGAUGAUUCGCGCUGGCUGUGGCAUCAGGAUUUGUUGUCGCCGUUUGUUGGUGCUUUGACAUGCAUACGCGCGGGUCGCGUGCGACAAGUAUAACCUGUUUACGGUAUUAAACGUUAUCGUAAUUGAAGACGCGAGAAAAGAAAAAACUAUCGUUAUCGUCGCUGCCAUCGAAAUCAUUAAUUGUACGACCACGAGCGAUACGAUUGAAUUUUGAGUAUGAAUCAGAAGGUGGUCACCGCGUUUUACUUGUUGUUAAACAUAGUCCUGUCGAUCACCAUUGUACUGCUAAACAAAUGGCUCUACGUCAACACCGGCUUCCCGAACAUCACGUUAUCGAUGAUCCACUUCAUCAUGACAUUCGCCGGCUUGAUCAUCUGCGAGAAGCUAAAUGUCUUUUGUAUCAAGGAUAUCGAUAUCAAGGAGAUGGUGCUGAUCGCAAUGACGUUCUGUGGAUUUGUCGUGCUGACGAAUUUGAGUUUGGCUCAUAACACAGUUGGGACGUAUCAGGUGGCAAAGAUGUUGACAACACCCUGCGUGAUAGUGAUGCAGAUGAUAUUUUAUAGGAAGCAGUUUAGCAUACCUGUUAAGUUGACAUUGUUACCCAUCACACUGGGAGUCAUAAUCAAUUUUUACUAUGACAUACAAUUCAACAUCAUUGGGACUAUUUAUGCAACACUGGGAGUGUUUGUAACAUCUCUGUAUCAAGUGAUGGUGAACAGAAAACAGAGAGAAUUUCGAAUGGAUCCAAUGCAACUGUUAUUUUAUCAAGCACCACUGUCUGCUGUCAUGCUCCUCAUUGUCGUUCCUGUUUUGGAGCCGGUUGGACAAACGUUUGCGCACAAUUGGUCACUGUUGGACAUAAUCAUGGUAGUACUGUCCGGAGUGGUUGCAUUUUUCGUAAAUUUGACUUCCUACUGGAUCAUAGGGAAGACCUCGCCCUUAACAUACAACAUGGUUGGACAUUCCAAAUUCUGCCUGCUCCUGCUGGGUGGUGCAUUACUUUUUCGUGAAACGUUAGCGAUCAAUCAGUUGAUUGGUAUAACAUUGACAUUAGUGGGAAUUAUAUUAUAUGCUCAUGUCAAGAUGAAAGAUAAUCAUACCGUAGCGCCGGAGUUCGAAGAGAGAGAAACAAAGCCGUUGCACAAAGUAUAAUAUCAUUUCCAGAGUGGUAGUUGAUCGAGGAAACUCGAAAUUUGACGAAGUUUAUCAGUCAGCCGGUACUUAAAAGCGCAUAUGUUUUCUAAGUCUUGAAGUCUGUUGCAAUAAACGUUAAUACGUAA